AUGGGGCUCUGCUUCACCAGAUGUCGAUCCCGUGACAUCCCAAUCUCUUCCUCAUCAGAUUCACCUCCUCCCCACUACCAGCAAACAUCCAAUAAAACCACUUCUUCAAAACCGAACCCGUAUGCAUCAGCUUAUAAUAAACCAGGCAAUUCUUUUGGCAAGACCCCUUCGUCAUCUCAGACUCAGAUUGGACCCAUUCUGGGCAGGCCAUACGUGGACAUAAACACCUUAUACACCCUUGAAAAGGAGCUGGGAAGGGGUCAGUUUGGUGUCACUCAUCUUUGCACAGAGAAGGCCACGGGCAAAAGGUACGCCUGCAAGUCCAUAUCAAGGCGAAAGCUUUCGACCAGCAAGGACAUUGACGAUGUCAGGAGGGAGAUUAUGAUACUUCAGCAUCUCACAGGGCAACCCAACAUUGUGGAAUUCAAGGGUGCUUAUGAGGACAGGCAGAAUCUGCAUUUGAUCAUGGAAUUGUGCUCCGGCGGUGAGCUUUUUGAUCGGAUUACUGCCAAAGGGAGCUACUCUGAGCGUCAAGCCGCUCAGAUUUUCAGACAGAUUGUGAAUGUGGUUCAUGUGUGUCACUUCAUGGGGGUGAUGCAUAGAGACCUCAAGCCUGAGAAUUUCUUGCUGGUCAGUAAGGAUGAGAAUGCCCCUCUUAAAGCCAUCGAUUUUGGACUCUCUGUCUUCAUUGAGCAAGGGAAAGUGUACAGGGACGUUGUUGGGAGUGCCUACUAUGUGGCCCCGGAAGUGUUGGAGCGAAAUUAUGGGAAGGAGAUAGAUGUGUGGAGUGCUGGAGUCAUUUUAUAUAUUCUUCUAGCUGGAGCGCCUCCCUUUUGGGCUGAGACUGAAAAGGGGAUAUUUGAAGCAAUUAUAGAAGGCAAACUUGACUUGCAAAGUUCCCCAUGGCCUUCUAUCUCUGAUUCUGCAAAGGAUCUCAUCAAGAAAAUGUUAACAAGAGACGCUAAGAAAAGAAUUACAGCUGCUGAAGUUCUCGAACAUCCAUGGAUGACGAAAGACGGUGAAGCCUCUGACAAACCAAUUGACAGUGCUGUUCUAAUUAGGAUGAAGCAGUUCAGAGCAAUGAACAAGCUGAAGAAACUUGCUCUGAUGGUAAUAGCGGAAAACCUUUCAGAAGAAGAAAUUCAUGGCCUGAAACAAAUGUUCAACAACAUGGACACAGAUGGAAGUGGCAGCAUCACAUUUGAAGAACUUAAAACUGGAUUGACAAGGCUGGGAUCUAAGCUUAGUGAAACAGAAAUAGAACAGCUGAUGGAUGCUGCUGACAUUGACAAGAAUGGGACUAUUGAUUACACUGAAUUCAUCACUGCUACCAUGCAUCGCCAUAAACUGGAGAAGGAAGAAAACUUGUCCAAGGCUUUCCAGUUCUUUGACAAGGAUCAGAGCGGGUAUAUCACAAGAGAUGAGCUAAGACAAGCAAUGACUAAAUAUGGGAUGGGGGAUGAAGCUACUAUAGAUGAAAUCAUUGAUGAUGUGGAUACUGAUAAAGAUGGGAGAAUCAACUACGAGGAGUUUGUGGCAAUGAUGAGACAGGGAGUUCAAGAUUCUGAUAAUAAACAAAGAUAGAUUUGAGUUUUACUCCCAAUCCAUCUAUAUACAAAUAAAACACCUUCCAAUGGCAAAGGCAAUAGUUCCAACUUGUUGCUUCUGCCUGCCUCUCUGUUGUAGGCUUUGGCGCCAUUACCUCACUUUCUACUUGUAACUCAUCAAUGUCUAUAAAUAAAAUUAAGCUG